AUGGCACCUCUACCGAUAAUCAAUCUCGAACCGAGCGAGGUGAAGGAGAUCUUCUGGACGAAGGUGAAGGAACCGCAGUCACAGCGGAAGCUGAUCCUCGUGAUCGUCUCCAUCGCACUGCUGCUAGACAACAUGCUCUACAUGGUGAUCGUGCCGAUCAUUCCAGACUACCUGCGGUACAUCGGCACAUGGGGUCCGGAGGAACCGUACAAUGCAAGUGCACCGACAACCGCGUUCACGCCUCACCAACACGCUCAGGGUCAGGACUCGGCCACCGGUAUCCUGUUCGCGUCCAAAGCCAUCGUACAGCUGAUGGUGAACCCCUUCUCAGGAGCGCUGAUCGAUCGCAUUGGCUACGAUCUGCCGAUGAUGGUGGGGCUGAUCAUCAUGUUCCUGUCGACGAUGGUGUUCGCGUGUGGUCGCAGCUACAGCAUGCUAUUCUUCGCCCGCUCGCUACAGGGUGUUGGGUCAGCUUUUGCGGACACUUCCGGUUUGGCAAUGAUCGCCGAUCGGUUCACGGAGGAAGCUGAACGCUCGAAGGCACUCGGUAUCGCACUGGCGUUUAUCAGCUUCGGUUGCCUAGUGGCGCCCCCAUUCGGUGGAGCGUUGUACCAGUUCGCUGGUAAGGAAGUCCCGUUCGUCAUCCUGGCACUGAUCUCGCUCAUGGACGGGUUCAUGCUGCUGCUGGUGAUGAAACCGAUCAAGGAACAGCUGGCCGAUCGACAGGAAGUUAAGCCACCAUCCGUGCCGAUCUGGCGACUUCUGAUAGAUCCGUACAUUGCCGUCUGUGCUGGGGCGCUGAUGAUGUCUAACGUGGCGCUAGCAUUCCUCGAACCCACCAUCUCGAUGUGGAUGGAGGACAACCUGACGACAGACAACUGGAAGAUUGGCAUGGUCUGGUUACCAGCGUUCUUCCCGCACGUGUUUGGCGUGAUCAUCACCGUCAAGAUGGCACGUCAGUACCCCGAGAAGCAGUGGUUGAUGGCUGCCGCAGGACUUGCGCUCGAAGGUCUCUGCUGCUUUAUCAUCCCGUUCAGCUCGUCUUACAUCAUGCUGAUGAUCCCGAUCUGUGGUAUCUGUUUCGGCAUCGCGCUCAUCGAUACGGCGCUGCUGCCUACGCUAGGAUAUCUUGUCGACAUUCGGUACGUGUCGGUGUACGGCAGCAUCUACGCCAUUGCCGACAUCUCGUACUCACUGGCGUACGCGGUUGGGCCCAUCAUUGCUGGUGGAGUCGUCGAGGCGAUCGGAUUCACGGCACUCAACUUCCUGAUCGCGUUCGCGAACCUCCUGUACGUGCCGGUCAUGUCGUAUCUUCGCAACAUCUACGACUUUAAGCACUUCGAGAACGAGGCGAAUGUGUUGAUGGGCGACCCACCGACCAAGGAGUAUCAAACGUACACUAUGCACGAUCAGCAGAUGGUUGGUGAGGAGUACAAGAACCAUCUCGAGUAUGGCCGCCAAACGGACGAGGGCAGCUAUCAGCAAGAGACCAACAUCGACCAGGGCUACUCUCAGAAUGGUAGCUAUCAGCAGCAGCAGCAGCAACAGGGCGGAUACCAGAACUACCAGCCAGGAUAUCAGGAACAGGGAGGCAGCGUUUAUCAACAGCAGCAGCAGCAGCAACAGCAAGCUCCACGCCAUCUGCCUCCGCAACCUCAGCAGGUUGCUAAUCCUUUCCGUCAUGGGGAAUCGUCAGGCCAGCAACAGCAGCAGCAACAACAGGCGCCAUCCCAGCCAAGGAUUUCGAAUCCGUUCCGGCAAGGCUUCUAA